GUGCGUCGGUGUUCGGGGGUGGGGUGGGGGGGAGAAGGAAAAAAAAAAGAGGAAGGAAUAUGGUUUCAUGUGACGCUCCACCCGCUCUAGCGGAUCUCUAGUAGCGCGGAGGAGGAGGAGGCUGCGUGGCUCGGCGCUCUACAAAGCCGUUGGAUACCUGAAACGACCGCCUGGUACGGUACCGAACCAAGCCCGAGGAGCACCGAGGAGACAUAAAUGGUGGAGGCCGUGGUGGAGUUCGACUAUGAGGCCCAGCAGGACGACGAGUUGAGCCUGAGCGUGGGCGACGUCAUCGUGAACAUACGGCGAGACGACGGAGGAUGGUGGGAGGGCGAGCUGGCGGGACGCCGGGGCUUGUUCCCCGACAACUUUGUGCGGGAGAUCAAGAAGGAGGGCAAGCGAGAUGGAGGACAGGCCAGCGCGGCGGACAAAGUGGACCUGUCCAACGGCCGGACGAGUCCCGUGUCCGAGCCCAGCACCAGACCGGCCAAGAAGGCGGAACAGAUUCGUAAGCGGCGGUGCAAAGCGGCCUUCAGCUAUGCGCCUCAGCACGAAGACGAGCUGGAGCUGAAAAUAGGCGACGUCAUCGAAAUCGUAGCCGAGGUGGAGGAGGGCUGGUGGGAGGGUGUCUUGAAUGGCAAAAGUGGGAUGUUCCCCUCCAAUUUCACCAAAGAGAUCCUGCUUGAGGCCGACGGGAACUCCGCCGACACUCCCGCCUCGCAGGAGGAGCCGCACAGUGCCCGCAACAGUAAGAACAGUCCAGGGAGUGAGAGCGAUGGAGCCGACACUCGGUCCGAAGGGGGCUCUGUUGAAAUCCAGCCCAAAAAGGUGAGGGGCUUCGGCUUUGGCGACAUCUUCAAAGACCAGCCCAUCAAGCUCCGCCCUCGCUCCAUGGACGUCGACGCUGAGGGCGACAAGGUCGCUGAGUGUAAGACGGCGAGCUCGCCGGCCCCCGACAACAUGAAGAGCGACCCUGACAGCAGAGGAAAAGGCCGAGAGCUGUGCAAAGUCCUCUUUCCGUACGAAGCGCAGAACGAAGAUGAGCUGACGAUAAAAGAGGGCGAAAUCAUUGCCAUAAUCACCAAGGAAUGCGCCGACACAGGCUGGUGGAUGGGCGAGGUCGGCGGUCGGCAAGGCGUCUUUCCAGAUAAUUUUGUCAAACUGCUGGAAGCCGAGAAAGAGAGACCAAAGAAGCCGCCGCCUCCCAGCGCACCGUCGGCCAAGCACACGACAGCAGAGAAAAAGUCGGACGGCAAGAAGGUUCCUCCAGAGCGGCCCGAGCACCUGCCGCACCGAGACCAGGAUCGAGGUGACGAGAUCCUCAAGCCCUCCCUCCCAACUGUCCUCCCCAAGAAACUUUUCCCUCCAAAGACGUCGACUUCCUCCUCCACUUCCCAACAACCCCCAAGGCGCCCCGAGAGACCGCCCGCUCUGGCGUGUGAAAGCCCCAAAUCCGAUGGGGGGGCUUCGACACCUGAAUCCGCUCCUGACAGGUCCCACAACGCCGACCUGGACCUGGAUUCAGUGGUGCCGUCGGCGGAGAAGCUGAGCCACCCGACGGCGUCGCGGCCAAGAGUCACGGACCGCCGGCCUCGCUCGCAAAUUAUCAUAUCGUCCUCACUGACCAGCAGCGAUGUGGACCACCUGGUACCAGAGCGAGCCAAGGAGAGCCCAGAACCGGUCCAGUCCAGACCUGUGGAGGUUUCCGCAAGGAAGGGAGCUCCUGUCAUUUCAGUACCUGAGAGUAAACCCCAGCCGGCCGCCAAGUCGUCCUCGUCUUUGAACCCGCCCGCCGGCCCCGGCCAUCGUCCCGCCUCGCCGUCUUCCUCCUCGUCAUGCCCCCCCGCGAGUCCCGGCCCCUCUCCGGAGGCGCAGCUGUCGGCACCCGCGGCGGCGCCCACGCUCGAGGACCUGAGGAGGCAGAUGCGGGAGCUGCGGAGCACGGUGGAGCUGCUGAAGAGUCAGCACAGGCAGGAGAUGAAGCAGCUGGCUGGCACGCUGGACGAGGAGAAGAGGAUACGACUCAGUUUACAAAUGGAAGUGGAGCACAUCAAGAAGAUCUUGUCCAAAUGAGCCCAGGCCAAAACAACGUUUGUGCCAAAUGAUCAUGACGAUCGCCAUCAGCAGCGAGCAUCGUGGACUCAAACAAUGUGACCCCCACCCCUUUUCUCCUGCAUCGUCGCCUUGUGUUUAUUUCACUCCGUUCUGUUCAUUUCUAACCACAGCACCCCCCCGCCCCCUGCUAUUUUGUCUCCUGGCGCCUGCCGGGCUCACCGGUACUGGCGGGUGGCUGCUGUGUUGCCGUGGUGACGCAUCACUCAAGAGGUACUCGCGAGAAAUGAAUGGCGAAGGCCCAUUGGAACCCCCGCAGGUCGGUCGGUUCGGACCGCUGUGGCGCCAUCGCUCGUCCACGCCGUGGCCUUCCCGCCUCUUAGCUCUGCGUGCGUGCGUAUGUGCGCGUGUGCGUGACAGUUUUACAAGUGGCGUAUUUUAGCUCCGAACUUGGUAGCACAUGGUUAAAAGGAGGACUGAUGUUUGUAUCGUUAUUUAGCAUUCAUAUGUUGCCGAUGCUAAUUAGCCAACUUUUAAUUAUGAGAUCUCAAUUGGCUAUUGUCCAUAUGAUACACUAUGCACAAAAAUUGGACAAUAUUUUGGGUGACAUUUUUUUGGAUGAAUCUAAAAUGAAUGACAGAAAAACCUUGACUGGUGAACUUCAGCUGUGACAGAAGUUAAACUAAAACCUAUUCUUAAUUUCGACUUG